AAAUAUUUUUUCGCUAUUCAAAAUGGCCCCUCUCAAUCAGGAAGUAGAGAACACAAGUAGCGGCGACUAAGUUGGAUAAAAUCACCAAUUUUCGUCGAUUUGACGUCGGUCGCGGCUCGACAUCUGCCCGCUUGUUGGGAGUUCGGACUGGGACGAAGCAAAGGCGACGAAAGGGUCAUGGAGAGUCUUUUUCCGUGCUAGAGGUACGAUUCGGGACACAGCCAGGAGAAGGAUUGGCAGUUUGGGCCGUAGCAAAAAUCCUCUCGUGGUCAUGUUUACUACUCCAGUCUGAUGCCCACCCUCCCCUUCGCGCUGGCCAUGGACGGGGAGAACUACCUGCAUCCAGAAGGCCCUCAGCUGGACACCAGCUUGUUCUCUGUACCCUCCUCAAACAUGGAGAGUUCCCUCUUUGCCUCUUCUGGCUCCUGGAGGUCCUUUUCUCACCAGGCUGGAUACUGCCCUAUGCAAUCUGGAAACCAGCAAUACCACUUGAACAGCAGCAGUGCUACCACCGCCACUACACCGGAUGUGCACCUUGAGAUGUACUCUGCGUUCUCCGACAUGGAUUUCCCCUGCCUCAACCUCGCCAGGAAUAGCGAUUUCUCACAGGAUCUGUCCUGCAUCGAUGACCUCUCCACCAAUUCCCUGUUCUCCUCUCCGGCCGACUCACUGUCAGAGUAUGCCGACGCCCAAUCCUUCAUCAGCACCGACCACCUGGACACGGUGCCCACCCUCUGGGACGUCAGCACGAGUACCACCGCCGUCACCGCACCAGCACAGAGCCAGCUGGAGCUGAAAGGCUCCAACAGGUUUCAGGGCUUGGCAAGUUUGGAUGAUAUAACCGCUAUAAUCAGCACGCCACCUUUAGGAGGUUUUCAGACUCAGAGAACCCAGUCACCCCCAGAGGAGGAGGAGGAAGCAGAGGAAGAGGAUUCAGAGGAACUGGGCCAUGUUGACACGUAUGCUGAGUACAGACCUUCCAAAUCCACUAUCGGAAUUUCCCAUCCCGACAUAGUGGUGGAGACCAACACGCUGUCCAGUGUCCCUCCUCCGGAUAUCACAUACACUCUGUCUAUACCCGAGUCGACCAUUAACAGCGGCUUGCUUUCAGCCCUGCAGCUAGAAGCCAUCAUCUACGCCUGUCAGCAACACGAGGUCAUCUUACAGAACAACCAGCGAGCAGGCUUCCUGAUCGGAGAUGGAGCCGGUGUGGGAAAGGGACGCACUGUUGCGGGAAUCAUCCUGGAAAACUAUCUGAAGGGAAGGAAAAAAUCACUAUGGUUCAGCAUAUCCAAUGACCUGAAAUUUGAUGCAGAGCGAGAUCUCAAAGACAUAGAUGCACCGACUAUUCCUGUGCAUGCCUUAAACAAAAUUAAGUAUGGAGACACAGCUACCUCAGAAGGAGUCCUCUUUGCGACCUACUCUGCGCUGAUUGGUGAGAGCCAGGCGGGAGGGCAGCACCGCACGCGGAUUAAACAGAUCCUGGACUGGUGCAAGCCGGAUUUUGACGGAGUUAUUAUUUUUGAUGAAUGCCAUAAAGCUAAGAAUGCCACGUCAACAAAGAUGGGCAAGGCGGUGCUUGAUCUGCAAAACAAACUGCCACGGGCCAGAGUGGUGUAUGCCAGUGCCACAGGUGCCUCUGAGCCAAAGAACAUGAUCUACAUGAGCCGCCUGGGUAUCUGGGGUGAGGGCACGCCUUUCAGGGCCUUCGACGACUUCCUGCACACCAUCGAGAAGAGAGGCGUGGGCGCCAUGGAGAUUGUUGCUAUGGAUAUGAAAGUGAGCGGGAUGUACAUAGCCAGGCAGCUGAGCUUCUCAGGGGUGUCUUUCCGCAUUGAAGAGAUCGGAUUGGACAGCGACUUCAAGCUGGUCUACAAUAAAGCCGCCAAACUGUGGGCGGAGGCACUGCAGGUCUUUAUGCGCGCCGCCGACGAGCUGGGCCUGGUCAGCAGGAAGUCCCUGUGGGGCCAGUUCUGGUCGUCUCACCAGCGCUUUUUCAAAUACCUCUGUAUAGCUGCCAAGGUCCGCUGCCUGGUGGAGUUGGCCAAGAAAGAGCUGGAGGCAGGAAAGUGCAUCGUCAUUGGCCUGCAGUCUACUGGGGAGUCGCGCACCAGAGAAGUUCUGGACGAGAAUGACGGUCAUCUUGACAGAUUUGUUUCUGCUGCAGAGGGAGUAUUCCAGUCUCUUGUUACCAAACAUUUCCCUUCUGAGAAGCAGCGAAGAGAGAAGGCACCCGGGAAUAAGAGAAAACGUAAGCCUCGAGGACGCCAUCCAAAGGUACCCAAGCACACAGUGGACAGCGUCGGCAUCAUCAGCAUCAACAGUGACGACAGCAGCACUGACUCUGACGGCAUGGACACCGAUUCCAAUUCGUCUCCAGACUCGCUGCUGGAUAACGACGAUGUCAUAUUUGUCAACCACACGAGCUGCCACACUGGUGGGUGUUUUUGUUCUUGUUGUUAUGGUGGAAUCACACCCAGCACUAUGCAUCACUUUGUCCCCUGGGGAUUUCCAGUCAGGAUAGAGGAGAUGAAGCAGGAUCUCCUCAACAAGAUAUCACAACUGGGAAAAGAACUACCUCUCAACACCCUGGACGAACUCAUUGAUAAGUUCGGCGGGCCCGAUAAAGUCUCAGAGAUGACCGGGCGUAAGGGUCGUGUGGUGCGACGUCCUGACGGUAGUGUCCGUUACGAGUCCCGCGCUGAGCAGGGCCUCACCAUCGACCACAUCAACAUCAAGGAGAAAGACCGCUUCAUGAGUGGAGAAAAGCUGGUGGCCAUCAUCUCCGAGGCGGCCAGCUCUGGAAUUUCCCUGCAGGCGGACAAGAGGAUAAAAAACCAGCGGCGGCGUGUCCACAUGACAUUGGAGCUACCUUGGAGCGCAGACAGGGCCAUUCAGCAGUUUGGCCGUACCCAUCGGUCCAAUCAAGUAACAGCUCCAGAGUACAUCUUUCUCAUCUCGGAGCUAGCCGGUGAGAGACGUUUCGCCUCCAUCGUGGCAAAGAGACUUGAGAGCUUGGGCGCGUUAACACAUGGAGACAGAAGAGCGACUGAAACCAGAGACCUGAGCAAGUACAACUUUGAGAACAAGUAUGGUACCAAGGCUCUGGAUAAAAUCACCAAAGCAAUCCUGGGGCACAUAGAGAACAAGGUGCCUGCGCCCAAAGGUUACCCUGGAGGCGACGCCAUGUUCUUCAGAGAUAUGAAGCAUGGAAUGAUGGAUGUGGGCAUCUUCUGUAGGGAGUCACGCUUUGGCAUCAGUACAGAGAAAGAUUGCAGCAUUACCAAAUUUCUAAAUCGCAUCCUGGGUCUCGAGGUCCACAAGCAGAACCAUCUCUUCCAGUACUUCACAGACAAUUUUGACUACCUAAUUGAGAAGGACAAGAAAGAGGGCAAAUAUGACAUGGGCAUCUUAGAUCUGGCUCCAGGUAAUGAUGAGAUUUACGAGGAAAAGCAGGAAAUCUUCAUGACAGUGGGCAACCCUCAGGAUGGUCAGGUGGUUCUCUACAAGAUCAGUGUGGACAGAGGUAUGCCUUGGGAUGAAGCAAACAACAGGUUUCUCAGUCUCACUGGUGUUGACGAGGGCUUCUACUUGUCCCAGAAACUACGAGGUAGCCAGCCAUGCGUGCUGCUCGCUGAGCAAGGGAGAGGCAAGAAUUUCAUUGUCUACAAGCCCAACAUCGGCAAGCAGACUAACCCCGAAAGCCUUGAAAAACUGCAGCAACGCUAUCGGAGGGCGACUCCAGAGGAGGUCAAGGACUACUGGGAGAGCCAGUUCAGCUUCUCUUUGAAGAAGUGUUGCCAUGCCAACGGUAACGGCAAAUGCAAGAAGGUGGAAGAAGGCCAGGAGUGCUUCCAGGGCAUGCGCCUGCGCCAGUACCACAUGCUGUGCGGCGCUCUGCUGCGCGUUUGGAAGCGCGUUUCCGACGUGGUGUCUGACAUCACCAGUUCCAGCAUUCUGCAGAUUGUUCGCCUCAAAACCAAGCAGCACAACAAGCAAGUUGGCAUCAAGAUCCCGGAGAACUGUGUGGCCCGGGUACGUGAGGAGCUCUUGCUCAUGGACGAGGAGGUGAAGCGGAGGCGCAAGGAGCGCGAGAAGCAAGCCAUGGAGCAGCGUCUGGCUGAGGAGCGCAUGCGCAAAAUGGAGCAGGACAACAAGCACCUGCUGGCAAACCUGUUCAGCCAGAAAGCCAUGCCCAACCAGUCUCUGGCCCAUUCGCUGGUCCACAGUCAGCUCCUGAAGCAGAAACUGAACCCGCUGCAAAAGACGCAAGUGGCGAGCCUGUCUCAGCUGCAGAGGAUGCAGGCCGUCUUGCAGCAGCAACAGCAGCAACAACAGCAGCAGCAGCACCCACAGGGUCACGGUCUACUGUCUUUACCGAGGACCACUCCCCAAGUGACUCCUACCGGCUGGCCCGGGAAGUCGGCCGCCUCCAAGCAGGCGGCCGCACGUAACGCGGUCAUCCACGGUUCAAACUUUUCCCAGUUUUACCCGCAGUCCUUCUUACCCCAUUUCCCGCAGCCCAUCCCCAUCCACCAGUCGGCUCGCAUGUCUUCCCAGAAGGCCCAAGAUGAGAUCUUGGACCUGACCGUCAGCUCGCCGUCGCCCUCUCCGGACAGCACCGAGGCCGGGUUGGCCCUAGACGGUCUAGCGAGACCGACCGGAGCGUUCGCUGACGACUUUAACUUGGAGUCGCUCAUCUCUCAAGUGGCCACUCAGCUACCGCCGCCGCCCCCUCCUCCAUCUCUGAACCACAACCACCUGAGAAACAACCACCAGGACUUGCUGGAUCUAUUUGACCUGCCCCUUUCGCCGCAAAUGCCCGUGCAUAAAGCCAGCCCAUCGUCCUCCGCCUCGUCCAGCUCCUCGUCCACCUCCUCCCUCAUCCAAAGCUCGCUCUUCUCCAACCCGCCGUCCUCGUCCUCUUCCUCUCAGUUCGCCCCCCCUCGCUUCCCCAACUAUCUGCCCCAGUCGGACUUACUCCCCCUGCCCAACGGCCACUGCAGCUCCGACGCUCUGGACGCGCGCGAGGCUCUGAACAGCAUGUUCAAGGAAGCGGGGCUUGACCGCAAGUCCGUCAUUCACUACCGCCAGCAAGACUGACACUUUUAACGUCCUCACAGGUUUUUUUUGUGUGUGUCUGUGUGUAAGCAAAUACUAGCACACAUCCUCCGCUUUUGUCCGGGGACCUUCUAGUCAACGUCACUGCCUGUCCUGCUCUCAGUCUUCUCUCCAACCACCCAUAGCCAUCGCCUGCUCUCAGUAUCAGUGUCACUCACCCCCAUCGUGUGUCCUCCACGGCAGCUGUAACGCAAACUUGACUUUACGGAACUAUUCUGGAGCUGUCGAAACGAAACAAACAACAACAAAAAAGUCCUUUAACUGAUUCGACGCUGGAAUCUUUUUUUUUUAAAAGUUUUUUUAUUAUUAUUUUUAUUAUUAUUAUGCUUUAUUCGAGCGAGGCACUAAGUGGCAACAAACUGGAAUAUACAAGAGGAAGAAAUCAAAGCUGACAAAACCGUGAAAUGCCUCCUGUUUGUCCGUUUCGUCGGCCCCAACGACACGACACACUCCCCCUCUCUCCCUUGUGUUGGAGGAAGAGGAGGAGAUGAGGGAAAGCAGCAGUCUGCAAACAGUGCCUUUCUAAAAAUCUAUAAAUGCAGUCUUUAAAACAAAAAACAAAAAAAAUCAUGUAGCCUAAUGUAUAGAUUUGUAUUUUAAUUUAAAUAUGGUAUAUUUGUAUUUAACCUUUUUCGUCCCUUCGUGUUACACUAUGCUGGUGGCGGGUUCCAAGGAGAGGCCUCGGUGAAGCCUCAACCGUGUGUGAGUGUGUUAAUGUGUGUUUAUGUGUGUGACUUGCAACAACACCGACAAGCAUUAUGAGCAGAGGGUAUCCAAAAAUAUCACUCUUGGGAAGGGUGAAUGGAUUCAUUUUGAAACCGACGAUACAGAGAGAUUUGACUCCUGGUUUGACUUUAAAUUUCUCAGGACAGUCUCAAAUGCUUUUGGUCUUGUUGUACACCAGUGUAAGUUGGUUUGGAUCACUAAGUCGACAGAAAUGUCUCAAAAGAAACACCAUUUGAGCAAUACAGUCAUACCUUGGUUUUCGACCAUAAUGCGUUCCAGAAGGCUGUUCGAAAAGUGAUUUGUUCGAAAUCCGAAACUAUUUUAUUAGCCCAUGAUUAGGGGCUAAUUCUCUAUGCAUAAAUGGCAUAAAAACAGCCAGAUUUGCGUAAAUUACAACAAACACGUCUGCUCACAAUGAACGCGACCCGCGGAAGUGUCACUUCCUCGUGGAAGGAAGCCGAAAGGAGUCAAGUGGCAUAUUCAGGUUUGCUAAGUUUGGUUGAAAACCGGUUUUCCAAUGUAAUUCGAGGCGUAAAAAUCUAGCAUUUUCUGGUUGAAAACCGAUUUGGUUGAGAACAGAGAGGUUCAAAAACCGAGGUUUGACUGUACGUAUUUCCUUGUUAACCAGGUGGGGGGGAAAAACGUUUGGAAGAGCGCCCCCUGUUGUUCUAAUAACACAUUGUCACUCUCCAAUGUAUUUUCACAUUUUUGAAACAUGAUUUUAUUUUAUUUUUUUGUUGAUAAAGAAAAAAGCCCCCUUAACAUCUCCCAUACGCAUCAGAGCCAUAGCUCCAGACAUUUUACUGCCUCUGCCUUUUACACAAAACCUCACUAAAGUGAGCGAUAUCCGCAUCCUAGUCAGAUUUAACACAGAGGUCCUCUCUUUGUCACGAUGAAAGGGGAAGAAAAAUUCAGUUUGUUGCAGUUGGUAUAAAAGUAGCAAAGUCGCCGUGUUGUCAACUUCAUGCAAGCCGCAUUAAAACCGGUUAAAAACGAGAAAAAAAAUCCCGACGAGUCGGAACACCCGUAUUUUGAUUAAUAUUGGAUUUUUGGAAUAUGACAAAUAGAAAAAUCCAUGUUUUUCAGCAAGCGACCAGUUUGCCUUGCACUGCCACCUUUUUUAUUUUUAUUUUUUUAAUGUCGUCUAAAAAUGACAUCACGUUGCCUAAGGGCUCAGCUUGCAAUUGUCACAUGACCAAAAGCAAGAAAAUCGGUGAGCCAUGAUUGGUCGUUACCUGAGCCGUUAGCGACCGUCAUGUCAUUUUUAGUUUACAGCAAGUGGCAAAAUGGCCGACUGUAUUUUACUGUUCAUUCAUAUUCAACAAAUGUAAUAUUUGUCAGAAUGCCGGGACGAUAAAGUGGUGGGCGCACAUAGAACAGAAUUGUCACAAUUGAUUUAUUUUUUUUAACUUCCCCUCUAUUACAGCAACAGUUGCAUAGAAGACGUUGGUCACUUUUCCACAGAAAUCCCACAAAAUCAGCAAUAGAAUUGCAGCAUCAGGAUUGUGCCAGAACCCCCCAAAUUUACGCAAUAUAUCCACACAGCAUUGUUUUACACCUCAUCCCAAGAGUCAUGAAAUCCCCUUCCAAACAGGCAACAUCCCACCUCUGUCACGGCUCUCAUCUCCCAAGUCAGAGAAUUGCACGGCGGCCGCCUGUGUGCCAUUUAAGCAAAGCGACAACACGAAAAAAUGGAAACGCAAUUCUCCCAGAUGUUGUAGUUUCACUAACAGCACCCUUGGCGAUCCCGCCAAAUUACCACGUCAGAGCUCUACGAAAAGACCGAACGAGCAUGUUUGACCAAUCGCUUUCAACGCAAGUAAACGGGCGUUUAUUGGUUUUAACUGCACUCACAUUUCACGAACUCUGUUCUGGUUCCAAAACUCCGAAGGCUCCUCAACUUCAAACCCCCCGUACAAACUUGUCUGGAUAGCGACAAUUGCUUUCGACGCAUUAGGGUGAAAGAAGUGUGUUAAACUCCGACAAACGUAGAAAGGCGGACCAAAAAAAAAGCUUGUCUUUGUUUCACCCAUUCCGGGACAGCGGUCACUACAGUGGAGAGCUUAUCAUGUUAUCAGUUUACAAGGUGCAGGAAAAAGGGUUCAUGUCAGAAAACCGCUCGGAAUCGUCACCAAAUUUGACAUGCACAUCUCCACUCCAACCACUGAAAAUAUCAAUCCGAUUGCCACAAUAUUUUGGAUUUUGUGUUUUCCUCAUAAGGUGACAUUAAGCUGUCCUCUGAAACCGAUGAAAAUGAAGACGUUAAAAUGUCUGUAAAAUGCUCAAUAUUGAUGUGAUCAUUUUGAUAUUUUUUGGGCAACGAUUGAGGCAGUUUUCUGCCAUCAAGUGACGUGAAACUUUUUGUGAAGAGGGAAACACUUAACGGCCUUAAAAUCUAAAAGAUUGAGGCAAUUGUUUUGAUUUCAAAGGAUGAAAUGGUCAUGUGUAUCUGAUUUAUUUAUUUUUUUAAUAACCGGUAGUUUUCUGAGCUCAAACUAACAUUACGGUUUUUUUGUUGUUUGUUUUGGGGGUUUUUUACGUGAAAACUUAUACCACAGGUGUCAAACGCUGGUCCUUGAGGGUAGCUGUCAAACAUGUUUUAGAUUUUUCCCUCCUCCAAUACGCCUGAAUAAAGUGAUCAGCUCAUCGGCGAGCUAAACAGAAAGCCUGACGAUUGCGAUCUUUUGGAUCGGGUAUGUUGGAAUUGGGAAACAUCUAAAACAUGCAGGAUAGCGCCACUCGGCGACCGGCCCCUCCAUUAAGCCCGUGGUUAAUUCUGUUUUGUCAGAUUGUGUAACGUCAGUGUUUCUUAAGACACACGGAUGUGAUUCAAAUCCAUAUAAAAGCCAUAGACCGUUAUCCAAAUCUACGGAAAAUGUGCGUCCAUCCCUCCCCCUGCAUUGUUUCUUUGUAAAUCGGCGUGUGUUUGAAUGGUUGUCGCGCUUGGCUUUGCCGCCGAUGUCUGCUGGUGCACAUCGCGCGGUCGAAGCAAUAAAAACCGGAAAGAAAGUCGGUCGCGAACGCGGCGGCUCAAGCAUUGUUUACUCUCACCAGGCGUGCAAAUUUCCUCGCCGUUGUUUGAUUGCAUACCACCUUUAUGUCAUAACAGUGAUAAAGAUGUUUUUUUUUAUAUUAUAUUUAAGGGAUAUUUAACUCUGUUCUUCUGCUUGUUCUUUAAGACGAGUCAAAACGUUUGGUCAGGGAAGACAAGUUGUAUUCAAAUCUGUCACCAAAUAUGUUUGCAAUGUCUUGUGUCUGGAUUGAUUUCUGCUCAUUGUCCUUCAUGGAGUUGGUUGCCCCCACCACCUGCCCCCUCAGUGAGAUACCAAAGUGUUUUUGUUGCCCUAAAUUUACCAUUUAACAAUCUCAGGAAGAAAUAAAUAAACGUGGACGGGUGAGGGUGACAUGAGAAAUAUUAUUCCCCUUCUUAGCAGUGCUUAAACCAGCGUGUUUGUACUUUACAUGUACCAUUUGCUCUUAUGGGAGGUUUUAUGUUUCAGGGCUGGGGAACCUCACUGCUGUCUUAUUUCUUUUUUUUUUUUCUUUUUUUUUUUUUUUAAGUAUGUAGUACAUUUCUGAAAAAAUAUGAGGCAAUGAAUGCGUGCUGUAGAUUCCUCACCCUUGGUGUUAGGCUGUUGUUUUGGGAUUGGAUACUGUUGAUGCCAAUUUAGGGCAGCGCGGCAUAGUUGUCAGAGGUUUGUAAACAUGUUUUGUUUGUUUGUUUUUUCAAAAUUCUAACAUUUAAACCAGUUAUGGGUUGGAGUCAUGCAGCAUUUAUUUGACACUUUUUUUUUUGUUUUUUUGUUUUUUAAACCCUCGUGUUGCUUAAAAAUGGACCUGAAAUGAUUAUCCACGCUGAUAAUUUUUUUUUUUUUUUUUUUUGGGACUAGUGGUUAGCCCUCCAAACUCAAAGUGGAGAGGUUCUGGGUUCGAAUCUCCUGGAGUUUGCCUGUUCUCUGUUGACAUGAAAUCAAAUGCAUGUGAGUGAGAUUUCCGCACAGGUGGUCUAUUGCCAUUUAAAAAAAAAAAAAACAUAAUGAAUCUAUAAAUUAAUGAAAUACAAAAAAGCCAACUGAACAGGUUCUAUUUGAAAAAGUAUAAUUUUAAAAAUAUAUUUUAUCGAAAGGUUUGUUUUUUUUUUUUGCCCAAUAUGCGCCAUUGCAUAACAGGAGUGUUAAAUAACAUUUGAAUUAAUUUUUCCAAAUAUUCCAAAGCAGGUACAUUCCAUAAGAAGCUUUUUCAAAAGGGCUUCCCCUUACUGCUCCGCUAAAAUAUAUCACGUAAACCCACAUUGUGGACGUAAUCCAAUGAUAAAAGGAUACAAAGCACAUGAAUUGGCUAUGUUAAACAAAAGUCGCUUGCAACGUUUUACUGGACCCGGGAAAAAACACUGCAUCUGGACCUGUUUUGGGCCCCCUGCUUUUUGUAUUGUUUUAUCCGUUGGUUGUCAUGUUGCACUAAGAAUGGCAUCAUCACGUGACUCUCCCCCUUCUUCUAGCUUUUGCGUGUUGUGUUUCUUCUGGUCUUUUGUUUGAUGGAUUUGUAUACUGUAACCAUCCUUCCAUGUUUCUCCACUGUUUGCAUAUUAUAUAAAUCACUCAAAUAAUUUAUUGCUAACAACAACAACAAAAAACACAAAAACAUGCUACUGAUUGUAUGUAUUUUUAAACAAAGUCUAUUUUUUCUGUACAAAAAAAAACAAGAGAAAAAAAUAGAAACUGUGUUCAGCACUUUUAUUCUGGGUUUUUUGCUUUUGUUUUUCUAUAUAUUUAUAAUUUAGAUCCAAAUGUAUAUAUUGUAAAAUUUGUGCCUUUUGACUAAUUCUUUUCAAAAACAAAAUGACAACAAAAAGUGGUUUUCUACUCAUUAAAGGAAGGACUAUAUGAAAUUGCAAUCUUUGUUCAACAAAUAAAAACUUGCAGAUUGCUGAAACUCAA